AAUUAAGUGGAAACGUGUCUUUAAAUUUGUAAUUGUUGUUUUCCCGUUUACCUUCCGUCUCUCUCUUCUUCUUCUUCUUCUUCUUCCUCCUUCCAACAUUUCGAAACCCUAAUCUCGUCCUCCACCUCCAUUUCAGACCUCACCCAUUCUCCUUCCUCUGCGUCGCUCUUCUGUCGCCUCUCAAUUCAAAGCCGUAUUGGCUUAUCAAAGAGACCUCAACUAAAUCUCAACGUUUUCGUGUUUCCACCAGUGCCCCGCCAUGGCUGCCAAGAUUCUUGCAAAUCUAAUUAUAAUGGGCUCUGGAAUUAUGGCUAGGGCUGUUGUUCAGGCCUAUCGUCAAGCACUUGCAAAUGCUGCAAAAUCUGGUGUUGCUCAAGAAACAGUGCAGAAUGCAGUCCGUAGAGGAAGCAAAACCAUGACAGAGCAAGAAGCGAGGCAGAUUCUUGGCGUCACUGAGACGUCCACGUGGGAAGAGAUUGCUAUGAAGUACGAUAAUCUAUUUGAAAAUAAUGCUAAGAAUGGGAGCUUCUACCUCCAAUCAAAAGUUCACCGGGCUAAAGAGUGUUUGGAACCUCUAUAUCAACCCAAAGAUCAAGGUACCGCUGGUUGAGAAAAAACCUGGUGAAGUCUGUAUAGUUGAUGUCCUAAUUUGUUGCUCGGGCGAUGAUGAAGUCUGUAUCUGAACUCCUUGUAUUUGUUGAGCAAAAAGUGCCGUUGUAGAAUUUUUUGGUAUUUUUAGAACAACAACGUUGUUAUUAAUCUUCAAUAAAGUUGUGGGCUUGAUUCUAUUUGAACCCACAAAACUUCUUUCUAA